GUGAAACUGGUGCUGCUCGGCGCGAGCGGCGCCGGGAAGACGGCGCUGUCGACGCGAUUCGUGCGCGGGACGUUUGACGGUGAAAACGCGAGCGCGACGGUCGGCGCGGCGUUCGCGUCGACGACGCGCGCGCUCGACGACGCGCGGGCGCGGAUAAAGUUUGAAAUAUGGGACACCGCGGGACAGGAGCGAUACGCGAGCCUGGCGCCGCUGUAUUAUCGAGGCGCGACGGCGGCGAUGAUCGCGUUCGACGCGCGCGACGGCGCGAGCUUCGAACGCGCGAGGUAUUGGGCGGAAGAACUGCGCAAGCACGGCGACGCGCGGUGUCGGGUGCUGUUGGUGGGGAAUAAAAUCGACGCGGUGCGCGACGACGAGCGAGCGACGGCGCGCGAGGCGUGCGAGGCGCUGGCGAGGGAGUACGGGAUGGCGGCGUAUCGCGAGACGAGCGCGAAGACGGGCGAGGGCGUUCAAGAGGCGUUCGAGGACGUCGCGCGCGCGGUGAUGACGCGGGAAAUGAGCGCGCGGGAAGACGCGACGGUGGUUGACGCGUGA